UUGAUUUUUCGACGUAUUCAAUUCCUUUCAGCGCCAAUUUCCGCUUUGUGAGCUUCUCCGACCAGAUAUUACUCUAUUGGGUGGAUCUCGAGAGUUUCCAAUUCUUCAAUUUGCACAGGAAAUGUCUCAAGGUGGUUAGGAACCUAGCUUUCUGCGGCUCUGAGAAAAGAUUACCUCCAGUUGUUAGAGCCAAAGACUACUGGCUGAAUUGCGAGGUCAAAAACAUAUGCUCUUUGAAAACCUUGUUGCCUGAACGAGCUCAGAAUACUGAUCGUGAUACUAUAAAUUCGAUGACGAUGAAAAGCUUUGACAAUAUGUGGAUUCUGCAACAACCAAAGACAGUUGGAGGAAUUUUUACUUCGUAUUACCAAUCAAAAACCAGCGAACACUACUUCUUCGAUGGACCUGGCGAUAAAUUUAUCAACAUGCUUCCACCUUGGCAUGCAAUGAGCGAGCUGCUGAGAUUCUCACGUUUGCGUACGAGGUUGAGCAAGUAUACAUGACCACUAAAUAUUUGAAGUUAUGGUCUUCAUAGUAUUCUAUGAAUUCAUAUUUAGAAUGGAAGCCCUUUUAUAUCUAUUGUAGUAUUGUGCCAACUGCCAGCUGAGAAAUGUUAGGAGGUCAAGAAGAUCUCAAGUACCAAAGGUGUUUUUAAUUUAUUCGUCUUAUUUUUGGCUUGAUAGUUGAUACUAUUUCACCCUUUAUUUAGGUGUUACAUUUCUUUUGUUUUAAUGCUCUGAUUUUUCUGUUAUUCUUUUGUUCUUUGAAAAUAGGAAGGAAUUUCAGCUCCAUAAUGAACACAAUUAAGUGUGAUUAAAUAGAAGUAGAUGAUAACUUGAUAAGUCAUGAAAGCUAGCGUGUUGUGUUUGUUUUCCGUUUCCUUUUUCUCAAUCAUUUUGGUAUUAACUAUAUGUAGUGUUCUUGCUAUAUAUGGCGAUGUUUCCUGAGAAAAGAUUACCAGCCAAAGACUACUGGCUGAAUUGUGAGGUUAAAUACAUAUGCUCUUUGAAAACCUUGUUGCCUGAACGAGCUCAGAAUACUGAUAGUGAUGCUAUAAAUUCGAUGAUGAUGAAAAGCUUUGACAAUUCGUGGAUUCUGCAACAACCAAAGACAGUUGGAUGAAUUUUCACUUCAUAUUACCAAUCAAAAACCAGCCAACACUACUUCUUCGAGGAUUAGGUUUUACAGUUGGUGCACUAUUCUUGCUUAGUGGUUUUGUUUACUGUAACUAUGGGUGAAACUGAUGAAGAAGCAACAAAUCAGAAGGUGUGGAAUUUAGCUGCUGAUUUGUGCGAUUCACUACAGACAGUGGUUCAGAGUUUGCGAACAGAAGCUAGUUACAAAGAUUAUAUUAAAGAGAUUGAUGAAGCUUUUCCUUUGGAAGCUAGUUACAACCUUCCGUUGCAGGGGUUAAAAGCUGGAACAAAGAAACAAAAACAUGACGAGACCAGUGAAAAGAAAAUGUUAGCUCCCACAGAGGUCUGCAAGUCUUAUCCAGUCAUUUCCACCAUUGCCUAUCACUGUGGUUUGAGGAUCAGCCAUACUACGCGUAUCAGAAGAGGCUUUUCCAUGACGUAGAGAAGGUAAAGCCAAUCUUAGACAAGCUUUUGACCAACUUAAACGUUGGUAUUCUGUAAUAACAAAUGUAAUUCACUACUAAAAAAGGACUAGCACACUUUCAUAUCACAAUUUUGUUGAGUCAUUAAUUUAGUAAUAUAUUAUCAGAUUUUAGUUCAA